AUGAAGCAUCUUACUAUCCUCGUGCUGUUAUAUCUGCCAGUCUGUUCGGCUUAUCCCCUGAAUGGAGAAGCAAUGAAGGACUCAAACAGGAAUCUUGUCCAGAAAUAUCUAGAAAACUACUACAACCUCUCAAAAGAUAAGACAUUCUUUGCUAGAAGGCAGGGCAGUAAUCCUGUUGUCAAAAAAAUCCAAGAAAUGCAGAAGUUCCUGGGCUUGAAGGUCACAGGGAGGCUGGACUCUGACACUCUGGAGGUGAUGCGCAAGCCCAGGUGUGGAGUUCCUGACGUGGGUCACUUCAGUACCUUUCCUGGCAUGCCAAGGUGGAGGAAAACUCACCUUACAUACAGUGCUGCUCAUGAACUUGGCCAUUCCCUGGGUCUCCAGCACUCGGCCAACCCUGAAGCUUUGAUGUACUCAGUCUACAACCCAUUAACAGACCUGGCCCAGUUCCGCCUUUCUCAAGAUGAUGUAAAUGGCAUUCAGUCCCUGUAUGGUCCUCCCGCUGCUUCCCCUGCUGACCCUGUGGUGCCCACAGAAUCUGUACCUACUGAGACACCAGCCACCUGUGAUCCUACUUUGUCCUUUGAUGCACUCAGCACGCUGAGGGGAGAAAUCCUGUUCUUUAAAGACAGAAAAAUUCAAUAUAGAAAUAAAUUCUGGGCCAUCAGAGGAACUGAGAUGCAAGCAGGUUAUCCAAGAGACAUCCACACCCUGGGUUUUCCUCCAACCAUAAGGAAAAUUGAUGCAGCUGUUUCUGAUGAGGAAAAGAAAACAUACUUCUUUGUAGAGGACAAAUACUGGAGAUUUGAUGAAAAUAGCGAGUCCAUGGAUCAAGGCUUCCCCAGACUGAUAAGUGAUGACUUUCCAGGAGUUAAGCCGAAGGUUGAUGCUGUAUUACACGCAUUUGGAUUUUUCUAUUUCUUCAGCGGAUCAUCAAAGUUUGGGUUUGACCCUAAUGAUUGGGUGGUGACACAUAUAUUGAGGAGUAACACCUGGUUAUCUACUUUUCUUCCUUCGGAGACUGAGGAUGCCCCUCAUGACUACCUGACAUUAACAGAUCACCUCUUGACUCCUCAUGACGAUUUGCAGGAAACUCCUUUGGGUAAAGCUGAUUUCUCAUGGCUUACUGAUGGUUCCUCGUACUUAAGUAAUGACUAUGGUAAGUACUGUGCUGGUUUUGCUGUUGUAACUCCUUCUGAAGUCAUUAAGGCAGCACCUUUGCCUCUGGCCACUUCAGCACAGCAGGAUGAAUUGUAUACCCUUGCCCUCGCUUGCAUUUUAGCAAAGGAUAAAGCUGUCAACAUUUACACUGACAGCAGAUAUGCCUUCGAAGUGGCUCACGUCUUUGGAAUCUCUGCUUCUGAUGCUGGUCAACACUGGACGCCAGCUGUUUUCCCGAUCCAUGCACUCUUUCCCAUGAUGAUACCCAAAAGAGGCCCUUCUGACAUUGAGGGACGAAAGGAUGAGCAGAUAUCUGGGGGCAAGAGGCUGGACACUGGAAACCUGGGACUAGAAGACCUGACUGUUGAUCAAUGA